UUUUUUUUUUUUUUUUUUUUUUUUUUUUUUUUUUUUUUUUUUGGAUAACAUUGGGGAACCCCCGUGACUACCUACCCUUACAAACGGAGACGAACUGGCCACCACCCGCGCCUAACAGUCCCCAUGAACCUCAGUCCGCCGGACCUGGCCACCAGGCGCGCCUAACACUCGGGCCGUAGUUGGGCUUAGGCGCCUGCAGGUCAAACCCCAAGCCCACGACGCACGAGCCUGCGACACACGCGUGGGAUGUAAAUCAGCCCGUUAUGACAGGCUGGCAGGCGAGCAGGGCAGAUGGAAGAAGGAGUGACAGGAGGAUUCGAUCCCCCCACCUCAAGGAGUUGCCCCCCUGCCUUCUGCCACUUGACCUGGCCCCGAAGGGCGGUGAUUCAGUUUCUUCCUUUGAUAGUUGUGAUUUUUGUCGAGUUUCAUCUGUAUUUUCAUUUUCAAAAGAUGAAGAUGAAUCGCCGAUGAGGAGAAGCGGAACGGUGAUUCUUUCUUCUCGCGAUCCGAUUAAGAACUUUAUCCGAGUUUAGGUGGAAUAUUCUCCGGAUUCGGAAAAGGUCGGUAGCUAUGAAUCGAUCCCUCGAGAAGACGCACGUCAGGCUCCUAGCUCGUGACCUCCUCCGCCUCUCACCAUCGCCGUCAGACCCAACCUCAUUCUCCCUCGGCAGCGCGUCUGUCUCGCGUGCCGAGACUGUCGGGACGGUCGUUUCGUGCGACCUCACGCCCAAAUUCCUCAAGUUCGCGGUCGACGACGGCACAGGCUGCGUCACGUGCAUGCUCUGGCUCAACCACCUCACCUCCUCCUACUUCUCCCGCUGGAAACCCUCCACGGUGAGCCUGGUCGCCCGUGCGGCGCGUGACCAGGCCGUGAAGGUCAGGAUCGGACACGUGGCUCGUGUCCGCGGCCGCAUCACGUCCUACAGAGGUGCGUUGCAGAUCACCGUGACCGUCGUGGUGAUGGAGAGAGACCCAAACGCCGAGAUCUUGCAUUGGUUGGAGUGUCUCACUCUUGCCCGAAGAUGUUACCGUCUCGUAUGCAAUUAGGCGCUUAGGUCUUUUCUCAUUCGGAUGCGAGUCUAGGGUUUUGAAUUUUGUAAUUAAAAAAAAAAAGGGUGAUUUUGAAAUGGUAAAAUGAAAUGCUAUCCUAUGAACAAACGUUUGUUGGACAUUUUUGCUCUAUUUCAAUUAUUUAUAAUUAUUGAUUAAAAGAGUACCAAUUUGAUUUUUGAUUAAUGUAGCAUUAUUUCAUCAUACCCUCCACUACAUGGAUCAUUUAUUCAAUUUCAUUAACUAUAUAUCCGCUAUUUUUUUACAUAGUUACUGACUAAAACAACAAAAGAAAAUUACAAAAAACACCGAUGCCAUGUUUAACUCAACCCAUCAUCUCAAACGUUUUAAUUUUCUUUGGGGGUCCAUCUCUUUUUACCGUACAGUUCCAUUAACGUUCAAGUACAUUGCAAAAGAAAUCACAAAUAAAACUUACACUGUCUAGCAGAGAAAACAAACUGAAGCAUGCCCUCUCCAACCAACCGCAUUACCCAAAUUCUCAUUUUGCAAACAGCAGCUUAACACUUUUGGAAUUGUGGACAUAUCGACUCAAAUCAAAACCCGACAUAUAAUUCCCACCACCAGCAAUCAGCAUGUAUAUGUCCAGACGAAAGCCGGUACAGAAAAACAAAAAAAAAA